GCUUCCGCCGUCUGACGUCACCGAGCCACGUGACCAAACACGGAUUUUUGCCGCGAAUGUGAGCAGCUCGUCCGACAUUUUCUCUCCGCGGAAUAAAAAGUUUAAUUUUGCAGGUUUGUGCCUGGUGAGUCCCGGUUUUACCGGGAUGUUCUGUGAGAAGGCCGUGGAGCUGAUCCGGGAGUUGCACCGGAUGAGCGACGGACAGCUGCCCGCUUUUAACGAGGACGGACUGAGGCAGGUUCUGCAGGAGAUGGAGGCUCUUUAUGAACAGAACCAGAGCGACGUUAACGAGGCGAAGACUGACGGUCGCUCUGAUCUCAUCCCGUCCAUCAAACUGCGUCACUGCUGCCUGCUGAGGAACCAGCGCUGCAUCACCGCCUACCUGUACGACCGUCUGCUGAGGAUCAGAGCUCUGAGGUGGGAAUACGGCAGCGUCCUGCCGGCAAACGUCCGAUUCCAGCUGAGCGCCGAGGAGCUGCAGUGGUUCGGCCGCUAUAAGAAGUCUCUGUCCUGCUUCAUGCGUUCUCUGGGUGGAGCUGAAGCUGGAGGUGAAGGUCUGGACAUCACUCAGGACAUGAAGCCUCCAAAGAGCCUCUACAUCCAGGUGAGGUGUCUGGAGGACCACGGGGAGUUGGAGAUCGACGACGGCACGGUGAUCCUGCUGAAGAAGAACAGCCAGCACUUCCUGCCGCGAUGGAAAUGUGAGCAGCUGAUUCGUCAGGGCGUCCUGGAGCACGUCGUGUCCUGAUGAUGUCAUCGAUGAGUCGGUGUUCUGAUGUAAAAAUAAAGUUUCUUCUACCAGCCGGGUCCUUGUUUGACUUCACAGUAAAAUAAAAACACCAGAAACCA